UUUUGCAAACCCGCGGCGGCCAGACGCAUCGCGCAGCCUGUGACGCAACACGCAACCCGCGUGACGCACCGCGCAGCCUCCGUGACGCAAGGCGCUCCCCCUCUAGUCCCGCCCCGGGGGCGCCCCGACGUGACGUCCAGCGCGCGACCCACAAUCCCCGCCGCGCGCCGCUCUCCCGCUCUCACCCCCGCCCCCACUGCCCGUUAAGGCGCGCGUUCCGCCCGCCAACCUCGGUGACAUGCUGCAGAAACACAAGAGCCGGAUUCGCCCCAGCUCGCAGGGCGAGCGGGACCGGGAGUGGAGCCGCGGUGAGGAGGCCCCGAGUACGUCCCGCGGGGCGGGCGGCUCGCAGGAGCCCCGGGGCAGCGCGUCGCAGGGCUCCAGGCGCUCCGAGGCCGCCCCGGCCGUGGGGCCGCGGACGCAGAAGCAGCUGGAGCUGAAGGUGGCCGAGCUGGUGCAGUUCCUGCUGAUCAAGGACCAGAGGAAGAUCCCGAUCAAGCGGGCCGACAUCGUGAAGCACGUCCUGGGGGACUACAAGGACAUGUUCGCCGACCUGCUCCGACGGGCGGCCGAGCGCCUGCAGUACGUGUUCGGGUACAAGCUGGUGGAGCUGGAGCCCAAGAGCCACUCGUUCAUCCUCAUCAACACGCUGGAGCCGGUGGAGGAGGACGCCGAGGUGCGCGGCGACCAGGGCACGCCCACCACCGGCCUCCUGAUGAUCGUCCUGGGACUCAUCUUCAUGAAGGGCAACACCAUUAAGGAGACGGAGGUCUGGGACUUCCUGCGCCGCCUCGGAGUGUACCCCACCAAAAAGCAUCUGAUCUUCGGGGACCCCAAGAAGCUCAUCACCGAAGAGUUCGUGCGGCAGCGUUACCUGGAGUACAGGCGGAUCCCGCACACGGACCCCGUGGACUACGAGUUGCAGUGGGGCCCGCGGACCAACCUGGAAACCAGCAAGAUGAAGGUCCUCAAGUUCGUGGCCAAAGUCCACAAUCAAGACCCCAAGGACUGGCCGGCGCAGUACUGUGAGGCGCUGGCGGAGGAGGAGGCCCGGGCCAGACCUCAGCCCCAGCCUAGCGCCCCAGCCCCUUCCUCCUCCUCCUCCUCCGCCGCCGCCACCUCCUCCUGAAAUCUGAGCCAGAUCCGGGGAGAAGGGUCCAGGCUCUGUGCUGGAGGGUGCGGGGAAGCUUAUUUUCUUGAUGCUUUUAAAAACACCUUCAGCUUUAGGAUACGCUUACAAACUUGGGUCUUUUAAUAUUGUGAUGUUAUUCGAUCCUGAACUUUUCAUUCAAAUCUUGGAGGAGGACGAGUUACUUGGUUUCACUGUCGACUUUUGUUUUGUUUUGUUUUGCUAUAAGAUUUUUGCUAGUUUUGGAAAACUUUGUACCGUGAUCUUGAAUAGCUAUUAAAAAGCACACACAUCAGUGUAUUGCUUUAGUGCCAAGGGAAUAAAAAAAAUGAAGUGGCUGUUAUUUGGCCUUAUAACUACCCCAGUUUGUUAAGAACAAUAAAUGCCUUUGUAAAUAAGAAAUGAAGUAAUUGCCUAUAUCCUUUUUUUUUACUUUACAACUAUUUUAUAUAUAUAUAUUUUACAGAUAUAAGCAUUAUGCAUCAUUUUAAACAUUAUACAUACUGUAUUUGCUCCUAGUAAUUUUUUUGUAUCAGUAUUACUCACCUCUAGCUGACCAUUUAAGGUUUUUGGGUUAUUUUCUACUGUUACAAUAAACGAUGUAAGUUUGAAGCAACUAAGCACUUGCAUUUUUGAAAUCCUAAGUAAUAAAUUUUAUGACUGGAAACCAGCAUCUUACUACUUUUUACAAAAGGUUAGUUUUUGCUAUGCAUUAUGAAGGUAAAUGAUAUUUUGUAGAAGUUGGUUUACUUGUGUGUGCAUAUUAUGUACAAUCAAUUUCUCUCAGUGGGUCACGAAUUUGAUAAAGUAUUUAGAGAAUAACUGCCUACAUAGGAAUCAGACUACCUGGCCUCAGAUCCUCCUUCUACCACUAAUUAACUAUAUGAAUUUAGGCAGGUUAUUUGUUUGUAGAUGUUUUUUUGCCUGUUGCCUGUCAGAUGGUGCGUUUAUUAUGUGUGGUGCUGUGAUCACUUGAUAAGAAAGUUUGUAUAAAGUUCUUGGAAAAGUGCUUGGUAUGGAGAGUUUUAUUUACUUUAUAAUUAGUAAAUUAUUAUUAUUUUGCCGUUUCUUAAGGUUUUAAAAAUGUCUUGCUCUAAUUCAUUCCUGGGGCUAGAAUUGCUGA